GGGCAAAGAUGUAUUAACUCACUGAAUGAGUGAGGUUUGAGCUGAAAGAUAAGAAGGAACCAGUCACAGAUGCCUGGUGACAGAACAUUCCAGGAUAGAAGAACCAGUGCGAAGUCUUGGAGCAGGGGACAAACCCUCCAAGUCUGAGGAACACCAAGGAGGCUGAUACAGUAGUAUGGCACUAUGGAUUCCGCAUGGUUUGGAAGGUAGACAGUCUUGCUUUGCACCACCGAGAAGUAGAACAGUCUACCCACAGACUAAGGCCUGCAAGCCGGACCAGCACCCUUCAAGAGUGAGCAACGCGUCUCCAUGUGGCCUGUUAAGCCCUUGUGGAGAGGGAGGACCAAGACCUCUGUGUCUAAGUGCUUUAGUCACGUCUCUGCAUUUUUAUUCUCAGUACAGUGGGCUAGGAACCCUUGUUCCCGUUUUACAGAAGGAAAAGCAGAGGCCACUCCUAAAGUUCUUUUUACCUAAGGUUAUAGUUUAAUACUAGAAAUAACAGCUUCUAAUCUGUCUGUCCACUGGCUAGCAUGGGCGCCCACUUGUAGGGCUGCCAGAUCCCUGUAGCACUGGGCUCCAAUUGUGCCCCACCCCCACUAUCUGGUACUAGGUGGUCACACAGUGGUGGGUGGCUAUCUCCCAUUCGCUGGAAGAUAGCCAGUCUGUGGGAAAAGGGUCUAUGGGAGUGAGGGAUGGCUGAGUGGACCUGUGCAGGGUUCCUUUUCUAUCAUACUACAUGGUGCAUGCUAAUCUUUGGGAUGAAGGCCCCCAAGUCUAGGUGUAUAUAGAGUUGGUAUGGUUUUCUGAGAAGUUCCUUGUGCCCAUGUGCUAGCAGAGGCUUGCUCUUGGCUGAGCCCCAUCCCCAAGUAGGUAGUCUAGGCCGGCCCGUCUAGGUCACCCUGCCCCUUUUCGUGGUUUGGAGCUGCCCCCUCUAAAUAUAGUCCAGGGAAAGUGAGCUCAGGCCUAUUUUAAGACCAGGCUGGGAGGCAGCCAGGCCUCUCCCAGAGUCUGAAAGGAGCCACUGCUGCCUGUGUCCAGUUCUGCUACUAGGCACUCUCAUUGGGCCCUUGACUACCUACCAACUGCCAUGCCUGAGGAGACCCAAGAAGACACCGUGUUGCCAAUGCAGAACCAGAGGAACAGGGGAACACUGGCUCCUAACCACGUGCAGGAGGUGCGUCUGCACCGAGUGGAGUCCAUCAGUGACCUACACAGCGGAGGCUUACUACGGCCCUGUCUGGCUGAAGAGACCCAGACCUGGGAGGAGCUUCUGGGUGUCUUACCACCAUCACUAUGCACCCAAGCUGGCUGCAGCCCCGUGUGUGGCCGUGGGGGGUUCCUUCUGCUACUGGCACUGCUGGUGUUCACCUGCCUGGCACUGGCCAUUGUGGCUGUCUACUUAAGUGUGCUGCAGAGUGAAUCCCUGAGGGUGUUGGCACACACGCUACGCACACAAGAGGAGACUCUGCUCAAAUUGCGUCUGGCUAGCCUCAGCCAGCUAAGAAGGCUCAACUCCAGUGAGGCUCGGGCACCCAGCUGAGAUGCCAUCUGUAUGUGAGACUAUGAGGGGGGAUAAAGGUCAUCCCACCGAGGGCCUCAUCUACACUGUUCCGUGAGAUUUUUGUACAAGCCUGAUGUAACUCCACAGCUGCCUGUCUCUUUUGACCUCUUCAGGCCAGGCCUGACCAAACCUUCUGGUGCCAAGGCCCUGCUUUGGAUAGCCAAAGGUCAGAGGAUGGGGCACCAGUCUUUUCCUGGCACCUCCUGUCAGCACCCUCUGGCCACGCCCAGACAGGAGGUUCAGAAGUCUAGAAAUAGCUGUCCCAGUUCAGCCACCCACUCGGCCAAGCCUCCUAGUGGGGGGUCCAGUCUCAGCUCCCGGGCAAGCUAGGCUGAGUUGGGGAACUAAGAGUCCUGCCAUGGAGGACAAAGGUGAAGCAGAGACCUAGCUGCGGCCAAACCUGGGAUGGGAGAUGGGAGGGAGG